AUGCAAGACGAUCUCGAUAUCGAUGUGGAGAUAAUGGUGACAAAAAUCCUCCCCCUCUACAACGGCCCUUUCGUCAAGCUUCGAAUAAAGUCAAGUGACGUCGAGUACACAGUCUCAAAGCCCCUUCUGUGCCAGGAAUCUGCCUACUUCAAAGCAAUGUUCGAGGGUGAAUUUUCUGAAGACGCCGAACAAAUAGCCACUCUCGAGCCUGUCGAGGGCGUACUCUCCGUGCGAAGCGUUCAAUGUCUUCUACAAUGGAUUUACCACAAGCGAUACUUUGUCAACAAGAAGCAGCCUGCACAAGAGCAGAUUUCAUCUGCGAUCGAGCUUGCCAGACUGGCGGACAUGUGUAUGGUCAGCGGGUUAGGCUUGCAUCUUGCUCAGUGCAUCAAAGAUGUACUGGUAGCGAAUCCAGACCCUGACAUUGGAUUGAUGAGAAACGCGAACAAGAACGUCUUUGCCCUGACGGGCAAUCAUAUCCGUAUGGCAGGAUGCUUACCGACUGGGCAUGCUGUGCGUUCUAUGAUAGCAUCCGCAUCGGUUGAGGGAUUCCUGGGACGCGGGAAUUUCAAGUUUGCCUCAGAGGCGCGCGAGUACCCGACAUUUGCCUCGGACCUUCUAUUUGAAGUCAAAAAGGCCUUGGUGACGAUGAAGUGGAAGAGCGCGGAGUUUUUGGAUCCAAUCACUAGGAAGACGAUGUCCGUCAACGGGGUUCUCCUCGACUGA